GCGCAGAGGCCCCGCCGAGGCGGCCGGGGCUAGAGGGAAGCUCAGGCUGUGGAGCCGCGUCGGAUCACCUGCGCCAGGAUUCCCACAGGACGCCGCCCAGAGGCCAGCCAGCAUGAGCGGCUCCAAGCCGGACAUCCUGUGGGCCCCACACCAGGUGGACAGGUUCGUGGUGUGUGACUCGGAGCUGAGCCUGUAUCAGGUGGAGCCGGCCGGCAGCUCGGAGCUCAAGGCGGGCUCCUUGAGGCUGUCGGAGGACACGGCAGCCACCUUGCUGUCCAUCAACUCGGACACCCCCUACAUGAAAUGCGUGGCCUGGUACCUGAGCUACGACCCCGAGUGUCUGCUGGCCGUGGGCCAGGCCAACGGCCGCGUGGUCCUCACCAGCCUGGGCCAGGACCCCAACUCCAAGUUCAAGGAUUUGAUAGGAAAGGAAUUUGUCCCCAAACAUGCACGGCAGUGCAACACCCUGGCCUGGAACCCGCUGGACAGUAACUGGCUGGCUGCCGGCUUAGACAAGCAUCGGGCCGAUUUCUCCGUGCUCAUCUGGGACGUCUGUAGCAAGUACAGCCCAGAAGCCACGGUUCCUUUGGAGAAAGUCAGGCCCUCAGCCGGAGACGCGGAGGCCGGGCUGGUGGUGACAAAGCCCCUUUAUGAGCUGGGGCAGAACGAUGCUUGUCUGUCUCUUUGCUGGCUGCCCCGAGACCAGAAGCUGCUGCUUGCCGGCAUGCACAGGAACCUGGCCAUCUUUGACCUUCGCAACACAAGCCAGAAGAUGUUUGUGAACACCAAAGCUGUCCAGGGAGUGAUGGUGGACCCCCACUUCCACGACCGCGUGGCUUCUUUCUACGAAGGCCAGGUGGCCAUCUGGGACCUUCGGAAGUUUGAGAAGCCCGUCCUGACCCUGACGGAGCAGCCCAAGCCUCUCACCAAAGUUGCCUGGUGCCCCACGAGGACGGGGCUGCUGGCCACGCUCACCAGGGACAGUGACAUCAUCCGGCUGUAUGACAUGCAGCACACGCCCACGCCCAUUGGCGACGAGACAGAGCCGACCAUCAUCGAGCGCAGCGUGCAGCCCUGUGACAAUUACAUCGCCUCCUUCGCCUGGCAUCCCACCAGCCAGAAUCGCAUGAUCGUGGUGACGCCCAACCGGAUCCUGUCUGACUUCACCGUGUUUGAACGGAUCUCCCUCGCCUGGAGUCCGGUCACCUCCUUGAUGUGGGCCUGUGGCCGUCACCUCUAUGAGUGCACCGAAGAGGGACGUGAUCCUUCCUUGGAAAAGGACAUUGCCACCAAGAUGCGCCUCCGCGCUUUGUCCCGCUAUGGCCUUGAUACCGAGCAGGUCUGGAGAAACCACGUGCUAGCUGGAAAUGAAGACCCUCAGCUGAAAUCCCUCUGGUAUACGCUGUACUUUAUGAAGCAGUAUACAGAAGAUUUGGACCCGAAAUCUCCAGGCCACAAAGGGUCACUGGUUUAUGCGGGCAUUAAAACCAUCGUGAAAUCAUCUUUGGGCAUGGCAGAGGGUGGCAGCAGACACAGCUGGAGUGGGGCGUCCGAGAAGCCGAGUGAGGGACCGAGUCUGAGUGAAGAGAGAAUCUUGGCCUUACAGCUCUGUGGCUGGAUCAGCAAGGGGACAGAUGUGGAUGUGGGACCCUUCCUCAACUCCCUCGUGCAGGAGGGGGAAUGGGAGCGAGCCGCCGCUGUGGCCUUGUUCAACCUGGACAUCCGGCGCGCUAUCCAGAUCCUGAACGAAGGGGCCUCUUCUGAGAAAGGCGACCUGAAUCUCAACGUGGUAGCCAUGGCGUUGUCGGGGUACACGGAUGAGAAGAACUCCCUGUGGAGGGAGAUGUGCAGCACUCUGCGGUUACAGCUCAGUGACCCCUACCUCUGUGUCAUGUUUGCCUUCCUGACAAGCGAGCCCGGCUCUUACGACGGUGUCUUGUAUGAGAACAAAGUGGCGGUGCGAGACCGGGUGGCGUUUGCCUGCAAAUUCCUCAGCGAUGCUCAGUUGAACAGAUACAUUGAAAAGCUGACCAAUGAAAUGAAAGAGGCCGGAAAUCUAGAAGGAAUCUUGCUGACGGGUCUAACAAAGGAUGGAGUCGAUUUAAUGGAAAGUUAUGUUGAUAGAACUGGAGAUGUCCAGACUGCAAGCUACUGUAUGCUACAGGGUUCUCCAUUAGACGUACUUAAAGAUGAGAGGGUCCAGUAUUGGAUUGAAAACUACAGGAAUUUGCUAGACGCAUGGCGCUUCUGGCACAAGCGAGCAGAAUUUGACAUUCACAGGAGUAAACUGGAUCCCAGUUCCAAGCCUUUAGCACAGGUGUUUGUGAGCUGCAACUUCUGCGGAAAGUCCAUCUCCUACAGCUGCUCGGCUGUGCCCCACCAGGGCCGGGGCUUCAGCCAGUACGGCGUGAGCGGCUCCCCGACCAAAUCCAAAGUCACCAGCUGCCCCGGCUGUCGGAAGCCCCUCCCCCGAUGCGCGCUCUGCCUCAUCAACAUGGGCACGCCCGUUUCUAGCUGCCCAGGAGGAUCCAAGUCAGACGAGAAAGUGGACCUGAGCAAGGACAAGAAGCUGGCCCAGUUCAAUAACUGGUUCACGUGGUGCCACAACUGCCGGCACGGUGGCCACGCCGGCCACAUGCUCAGCUGGUUCAGGGACCAUGCUGAGUGUCCUGUGUCCGCAUGUUCCUGUAAGUGUAUGCAGUUGGAUACAACGGGGAAUCUUGUCCCGGCAGAGACUGUGCAGCCCUAGCUGGGAACCCUUCAAGGGAAUGGCUUUCUGGCAGGGCCCUCCACAGAUCCAUGUCCCCCACUCAUCAGCUUUGCCUCCCAGCCCUCGGAUGGCCGCGUGGGAUUGGGCUGCUUCGCAGACCCUCCUGAGGUGGGUGAGCAGCCUGUGUCCUCAGGGGUAGUCAUUCACUGGCCAGAGCAGUUGUUUUAGAAAUUCUGGUAGAAAUCCGGAAUGCCUUCUGGUCAACCUGUCUGGGAAAGCAGGAAGUAUUUUGUUAAGACAUAGACUCUCAGACGUGGGAUUCACCCCGUGUUUCAGAAGAUGGGGCUAAAUCCCUCACUGAAAGUGGCGGGUGAAUCUCUGGGCAAGUCUGGUUCCUUCUUCUCCCUUGUCACCAGCCCCUGCCCCACAUGUGCCACUGCAGAAAAGGAGUGAAGGUACCAGUGGACGAGGGGUUUGUGUUCACAAGGGCCUCCUCUCCCUCAACCACAAUUACCAUUCAGUCACACGUUUUCAUCGUAAGACGACGAACGUUAUAUGGUGUUGGCCAUCAGUUUACGAGAGGGCGCUAGAGAACCCCACAUGAACACAUAGCCCCAAACUUAACUUCUCUGCGUGAGAACACACAUUUCUGACAUGCCAGUCGUCAGACGUGAGUGUUGCCUCUCCAGCUUGAUGGACUUGGAUUCCACAGCUUCCCUCUAUCCAUGGUCAUAAUGGAAGGCCCAGGACAGCCCUGGAGCCAGCUUCUGACCUUCCCCCACCAGGCCCCCCAGGUCUUCUCCAGACACUGACACCAUAGAGGAGAAACCUGGCUCUUCUGCUUUCAUCAGUCCUCGUCUGGGGGAAGAUUUUCUUCUGGGUGUUGACGCCUGCAAAUGUGCUUCCUAUUCAGGCCGUGCCAGGGCCUGGGAAUCCAUCUGACUGAGUGCAGUGGUUUGGUUUCUUCUGCAUUUGUGUGUGUGGAGGGGGAAUGGACGUGGGGAAUCGGCUGAACGAGGCUUUACUGAACACUUUGCUCAGAGCCAAGGCCCGGCCCGUCACCGCCGGACAUCAAGCGUGAUGGAAUGGAGAAUCUCAGACUGACCGUUAGGGUUGUCGUUGCAGGUUGGGUGGCUUCAGAAACCGGGCAGUGAGCCAGAGGUGCUUGGAGAUGUGCUGGGGAGGUGAGGGUGUGGGCUUUGGGCCGGGGCAGCAGGUGGAGAGGAGCCUGCCGUGUGCUGAUGCUUCUGCCCACCGAGGCGAUGUUGGGACCUCAGGUGGUGGAUAUUUAUGGUUUUUGUACAAAAGUGGUUUUGUUAAUAAAGAGGAUGUUGUUUUA